GUUGAUGCUCACGUCGUAUGCAAAGUAGACUCUUAAUACAUAUUUAUCAAAUGAAUGGAUUCAUGUUAAAUAUUUUGGAUCUGGAUUUCGCAACUUGCUGAUUAUUGAAUGUGAAUGUGAGAAAAAAGGAAAAGUCAAAGAUGGUUCUUAGUUUGCUGGCUUGAAAACUGAGUAGGUUGUCACUGCCAGUUAUUAAACAAAGGAAGGUUAAAGAACAAAUUGGGGCUCAGAGUCGGAGAGAACGUUCUCUUUGGUACAUAUUAAAUCUGUAUGGUGUGAAUUAGUUAGCUAUUGCUACAUUUAAAAAUUCCAAAAAUUUAGCAGGUUAAACUGUUUAUUGUCUCACAGUUUCUGGGGGUCUGAAUGUUGGAUGUGAUUGAGUUGGUUGCUUCUGGUUAAAGUGUAGAAAGCUUACACCACAAGGCUGGAAAGUUUAAGGGUGGAAAAGAUACAUAUUUUUUUCUGACUCCAAAGCCUGUGCCCUUAACCCUUAGGCCACCCUACACUUUGUAUAUCCCACAUCUACCCCAUGACCAAUAGGAAAUAAAAACCAGGGUCCUAGUCACAAGACGUGAUAGGGGCUAAAGUAACUGCUUCUGAGUUCUUUCCCAUGGUUGCUGAUAAACUACAUGGCUGUUGGCUGGAGACCUCAGCUCCUCGCUGUGUAGACCUCCCCACAGGGCUGAUUACAAUGUAGCUUCACCUAAGGUGAAUGAUCCAAGGGAGAAAGAGAGCCCAAGAUGGAAGCUGUGGCCAUUUUAGAGCCCAGACACAGAAGGGACAUACUGUGGCUUAUGCUGCUGGUCACACAUCCCAGACUCAGUGCAGUGUGAGAGGGAGGCGCCCAGGGUAUGAAAGCCAAGGAGCAGGAAGUUGAGGAAGGGCACUAUCGAGGUUGCCUGUCCCUAAGUCUGGUGGCUGAGUUCUGGAUGUGGUUUGUCCUCAGCAGUUCACAUGGUAGAGGCCUGGUCCUCGAUGUCACAGUAGUGAGAGACAGUGGAACUUUAAAGCGAGCAGCCUUCUGGGAGGGGAUCAGAUCACAGGGACACCACCUGGAAAGGCUUUAAGACCUGCUUACAGGAGUGUGUUAGUUCUUGUGGCACUAGAGAAGUCUGCACAUUUCUGCACCCCCCCGCUGGUCCACUUGUCACAGCUGUUCCUGCUUUGAGAUGCCACCUGCCACGUGACAUAGCCAGAAGUCCUCACCAGAGGCUGGACAGGUGGAACCUCCUGGUCGUGGACUUUCAGGCUCUAAAACUAUGGGCUAAGCCCAUCUCGGUUUUUGUUGUUGUUAAGCAACACAGAAAUGGACUAAGAACAAGAAACUGCCAUAUGAGCGGGAGUAAACAGACUGUAGCUUAGAAGGGGCAUCUGGAUAAUUAUGUGGGAGUCGCUGGUCAGGAUACGUGAAGCUGUGAGAGAUGGGUGCAAAGGCCCAGGGACAGAAUAUAAACGGAGAGCAAGACUUUGGACUCAGUUCCAAGGGGCCCAACAUUUAGAGGCAGCAGAGAGGAUCGGUUCAAAGCAAGACAGGAGGAAAACCAGGAAAGGAGCACAUCCUGGCGGCACCAUCAGAAAUGUCUUCCCUGAGUGGCAAAGUGCAAACUGUUCUGGGCCUGGUGGAUCCAAGCAAACUGGGCCGGACCCUGACCCAUGAACAUUUGACGAUGGCCUAUGAUUGCAGUUACUCCCCACCUCCUCCAUGCCACGAAGCCACUUCUAAGGGACCUAUCCUGAUGAAAAACUUAUUCUGGAUUCAGCAAAACCCUUACUCCCAUAAAGAGAACCUUCAGCUGCACCAGGAGACCGAAGCCGUUAAGGAAGAGUUGUUGUACUUCAAAGCUAACGGUGGGGGCGCUGUGGUGGAGAACACGACCACUGGCAUCCGAAGGGACAUGCAGACCCUGAAGUGGCUGGCAGAGCAAACUGGAGUCCACGUCAUAGCAGGGGCUGGAUUCUAUGUGGGGGCGACCCAUUCUCCAGAGACCAGAGCCACGUCAGUAGAGCAGCUUACUGGGGUCCUUACUAAUGAAAUUCUCCAUGGAGCCGAUGGGACCACUAUCAAGUGCGGUGUUAUCGGAGAAAUCGGUUGCUCCUGGCCUUUGACCGAGAGUGAAAGGAAGGUUCUCCAGGCCACAGCGCACGCGCAGGCGCAGCUUGGCUGCCCUGUAAUUAUCCAUCCUGGCCAGAGUCCGAGUGCACCGUUUCAGAUUAUUCGAGUACUGCAAGAAGCUGGCGCAGACAUCUCGCAAACAGUUAUGUCCCACCUUGACAGGUCUAUACUUGAUAAGAAGGAACUACUGGAGUUUGCUCAGCUUGGCUGUUACUUGGAAUAUGAUCUCUUUGGUAAUAACUUUCUGAAUUACCAGUUCAACCUGAAUAUUGAUAUGCCUGAUGAUAACAAAAGAAUCAGAAGGGUGCAUUUCCUGGUGGAGGAAGGCUAUGGAGAUCGAAUUCUGAUGGCCCAUGACAUACACACGAAGCAUCGUCUGAUGAAAUACGGAGGUCACGGCUACUCUCAUAUCCUCACCAAUAUUGUGCCUAAGAUGUUACUGAGAGGUCUAACAGAGGCCGCGCUUGAUAAGAUACUGAUAGAAAACCCUAAGCGAUGGCUCACUUUCAAAUAGGAUGGCUGCUUAUGAUUCGACACUUGGAGCAUGAAACUUGGAAAACCAUCAGUGAUUUCAAGCCCAGGUGUGAUAUUAAUCAGAUCUACAUAGGCCACACUGACUAUUUCAUUCUCACACAGAGUUUGCCUUCUCUGCAACAGGGUAUUUGCCCCUGUGGGGCGUCGCUGAGCCUAAGUGAGCUCCAUUGUUUUGCCCUAACAAAAUGAAUACAGAAAAAUCUGUAUUUCCAAACACUGACUUAAAGUCUGUAUCUCCUAAAAGGAGUUUUUGGGGAUUUUUCAGAUGCACAACUUGAGAAAAUUUAAAGUGUCUCUGAUUAAAUUGCCCCCUUCUGGAGCGUUCUAAUGUUUCUUGUAAUAUUGAUGAUCCUACUAAUUAUCCUGCUGUUCUUUAAUUAAUGCUUAAUGAAUAAUAUGGCACUUUCAAAUAGCUUUUGCUGCAAGGAAGUUAAAAUUUGAGAGUUGUUUUUUUCAACCGAUACUGUAAUAUAAUUACCAACUCACAACAAUAAAAAUAUUUUGGAAAGUUAAUUAUAUCCUAUCCACCUAAACAUAAUAAGUCAGUUUUGAUGCCUUUGGCUUUCUGGUGUGCAAUUUUUUGGCUGUAAAUUUUGUUGUGUUUUGCAAAGUUUACAAAAGAACAUGUAACAGUGAUGAAUUAUAAAAAUUCAAUCAUAAAAGUCAAAAUAUAUUACAUAAUAUAGUUUAAUGAAUCAUUACAUUUAUAAUAACAAAGGCCACAAUUUAAUUAAUUCAUAAGAUAUAAUGCAAAAAAAGAAAUGUUUGCCUUUAUAUAUAUUCCCUUUAUUUCCUUUACCAUUUUUCCUCGGGCCUAAACAGAGGAAAAUAAUGCUUAUUUAUCUGAAAAAGGUGAAAUCCAUUGGAAAUGACAGUGUGAUUCUAAAGCCUUCUCUUUAAAAGGUGUCCAGGCCUGAUAUUUUGUGUAAAUAGAGCCUUUUUAAAAAUUUUAGUUAACACUCUUAAUGGAUCUGCGCUGCUGUUCGUAAAGUAAUAUUUUGACCGAAUCCUCACUGUUAUUUGUACCUAACACAAAUCUCUAAUCUGUUGCUGCACAUUCCUCCUUGAUAAAUAUAUAUUGUUAAAGGGAAAGCAACUAUUACACUUCAUUUAUGAGUUAUCUUACAUAUCAGAAAGGCCAAAGAGAAUUAGUCAUUUUUCUUAAUGAAUGGGCCAAGUGUUUUUUAUCAUAGAAAUCAUGACAGUUACUCAGACCAAGGCAUUUAAACACAGCAAACCCCACCUUCAGAUGAGAACACCAUGCAUAACUCUUGGAAAGUUGAAGUUGUCUAAAUGAAAGACUUUUAGCUGAUCAAAGAUGAUCAAGCUUUCUGUGUAUUAGAACAGAAAGUACCAACGAGGAAUGAGCCAUGAGAACAAACCAAUUCCUUUAAGUGAAAAAAAAAAAAUGCAAAUGUCCUUCACCAGUAAAACAAGCAGAUUUUUAAAUCUUUGCUUUUGAAUUCUACUUGUCAAAAGUGUCUUCAGAGGCGACUGAAAGGAACAGAUUUUUUUUUCAUUGUAAUAAUGGAAAUUGUGUGAUAGGAUGUAUCAACAUGCAUUUUAAUCUUUUUCUUAGAUGAAAGAGAUGGCGUUUGGCAGUGGAUUUUAACUAGAGAGGAAGGGUUUGCAUAACGUCCAAAAUAUACUGUCAGCUUCCGUCCACCUGAGAAAAAA